AUGGCAAAAAGUAAACUUCUCCUUAACUAUUAUUAUCAGCAGGAACUAAAACGACAAAAAGGCACUCUCAAUUUAAUCGCCAGUGAAAAUUAUCCUUCUCAAAAAGUUUUGUUUUAUAGUGGAUCGCUAUUAAUGAAUAAAUACUCUGAGGGGUAUCCUAAUAGUCGUUAUUAUCAAGGUUGUAAGUAUAUUAAUAAAAUUGAAAAUUUGGCAAUAGAACUAGUUCAAAAAUUAUUUGGGGUUGAAUAUGCUAACGUUCAACCUCACUCGGGAGCCCAAGCUAACCAGGCAGUUUAUUCAGCCCUUUUAAAACCAGGAGACAAAAUACUAAGUUUAAAUCUUUUAUCUGGCGGACACUUGACCCAUGGGGCAAAAAUUAAUUUUUCAGGAAUUUUUUAUCAAGUUUACCAUUACAACUUAAACCAAUCUACACAAAAAUUAGACUACCAAAAAAUUAAAGAACUCGCCCAAAUGGUUCAGCCCAAGUUAAUUAUUACCGGUUAUAGCAGUUAUAGUUUAAAGAUAGAUUUUGCCAAAUUUCGGCAAAUCGCUGACCUAGUUGGAGCUUAUUUAUUAGCCGAUAUCGCUCAUGUAGCAGGGUUGGUAGCGACUGGCUUAUUUCCCAACCCAGUUCCUUAUGCGGACGUAAUUACUCUUACUACUCAUAAAACUUUGCAGGGACCGCGAGGAGGAAUAAUUUUAGCCAAAAAAAAUUUAGGAAAAUUACUUGAUCGUGCCGUCUUUCCUGCAUAUCAAAAAGCAGUUUUAGAAAAUGCGAAAAGUAUGGCGGACUACUUUUUAACCAAAGGAAUAAAAGUAAUUAGCGGUGGCACUGAAACCCAUUUACUAACUAUUGAUACUAAAACUAGUUAUAAUUUAACCGGUAAGGAAGCCGCCGAAGGAUUGGAAAAAGUGGGAAUUAUUUGUAAUAAGCAAAUGAUACCAUAUGACACCGAAAAGCCUUCGGUUAGUAGUGGUAUUAGGUUGGGUUCACCAGCUUUAACCACCCGCGGACUGGGAAAAAAGGAGUUUUGGGAGAUAGCAGAAAUGAUUGAUUUGACUUUACGAAAUUAUAAGGAUAAAAAAAUAAUAAAAGAUGCGAAAGAUAAAGUUAAUUAUUUAAGUAAAAAAUUUCCUCUACUAUUAGAGUAA